GGCUGUCUCAUCUGUGACCGCGGCGCGGAGACGUCAUUCUGCGAAACCAUAUAACUUAAACAUAAAUUAAACUACCUACAAAAUUAAACGAAGAUAAAUAAAAGAGUAACAUUAUCAAAUCAACAAAUAUUUUUGAGUAAUGAGUAGCAAUAAAUAUGAUAUUAAUUACGACAAAGCUUUGGAAUAUUGGGCUGACAUUCCCCCUACCGUGGAUGGUGUGCUUGGUGGUUUUGGUUUUAUAUCAGACGUGGAUAUAAAUGGAUCACAAUUGUUUCUGAAUUCAUUGUUGUCAUUUGAGAAUGCACCAGGUACAAAUGUGGCUGUAGAUUGUGGUGCGGGCAUUGGCAGAAUAACAAAACAUUUACUGAUACCUAAUUUUCAGUCAGUUGAUAUUGUCGAACCUGAUGAAAAGUUUAUAAAUUCUAUUGAAGAAUUUGUAGGUAUCGAUAAAAAAUCCAAAAUUGGUACUAUCUAUAGAGUUGGAUUACAAGAAUUCAGGCCAGAACGGAAAUAUGAUAUCAUUUGGAACCAAUGGGUCCUAGGAUAUCUGACUGAUGAAGAUUUAACAACUUAUCUUAUACGAUGCAGAGACUCUCUUGCACAUAAUGGUGUUAUAAUAAUAAAGGAAAAUGUCACAUCAUCAGGAAAAGUAGAAAAAGAUGAUGCAGAUUCAUCUAUAACACGCUCACUUAAGCAGUAUUUAAAAAUAUUUAAAUGUGCAAAUCUUAAAAGAAUCAAACAAUGUAAACAAACUAAUUUCCCUAGUGGAAUAUAUCCUGUUUAUAUGUUUGCACUUAUACCACAAGGAGAUGAAGAUGUUGACAAAAAAACCUUAAAUCCUGCCUGAAUUGUUUUUAAUUUAA